CCCGGAAGUCAGCACGGUUUGGAAAGAAAAGAGGAAGUUUUUCCCUCGUGUUGGUUUCUACUGGCCAAAAGAACUUCAAGAUCUUCCCUAGAACACUUUAAGAGAAUUCAGGAAAACUGCAUCAGAAUGGACUAAAUCUGGCCCAGCAGACUUAGGACAUUACCAGGAUAUAUUGUGGUAUUUGGCAACAUCAGAACUACGGCGGAAAAACUCAUGGAGGAGAAAGAAAAGGAGCUGAGAGAAGCCGCCGGGCGAGGUGAGGAGGACAGAGUUAAACAGCUCCUGGCCGAGGGAGUCAAUGUCAAUGCUGCUGAUGACAACGGAGGGACUGCUCUCCACUCUGCAUCCAGCAAUGGCCACACAGGAACUGUACAGGCUUUACUCACAGCUGGAGCAACAAUCGACACACAAAACAAUUUGGGAUGGACAGCUCUCCACAACGCAGCAUUCAACGGCCACACAGGAACUGUACAGGCUUUACUCACAGCUGGAGCAACAAUCAACUCACGAGGCAAUUCGAAUGACACUCCCCUUCAUAAGGCAGCAGACAGAGGACACCCCGAGUGUGUCAGAGUACUGCUGAGGGCUGGAGCCAACACUGUCAUAAGGAACAAUGAUAAGAAGACAGCAGAAGACCUUGGAGUACAAGAGGAUGUGCAGCAGGAGUUCCUGUUAUUCAAAGCUCUCCAACCUAAAGUGGUUGAUGACUUGCUCACUAUCGACCUCAGUGACAAAGGAUUGACCUCCGUGCCAGCCAAGGUGUUUGACAUCAGAGAUGUCGAAUGUCUUGUCCUGUCUAACAACAGGCUGAAGAGCAUACCUGAGGAGAUAGGGCAACUACAGAAGCUUCGUGAACUUAAACUUGACAACAACCUGCUGACACAAGUGCCCCAGGCAAUCACCACGUUACCUAACCUACAGCACAUUGACUUGUCACACAACAAGUUGGAGACAUUGCCCGAUGGAUUGUCCAAGUUAAAACAACUUCGGUAUCUCUACAUCCAGGCUAAUGUAUUCAAAAAGAUACCAGAAGAAGUCUGUUCACUUCCUCGACUUCAGAUUUUGACCGUGGGAGACAACCCCCUCAAGUGUCUCCCUGACAAGAUAUCUCAGCUCACAGGACUGACGAGGCUUGAUAUUGAUAAUUGUCAGUUUGAUGAGUUCCCCAGACAGGUGCUGCAGCUGGAGGGUCUAGAGAUGCUAUACUUGGGGAACUGGGCUGGGGAGGGCAAACCUUCACUUGUACCUGAAGACAUCGGCAGACUGAAGAACCUACUAGUCUUAAAUCUGCAAAAUAGUGGCCUGGAGUCACUGCCGGAUGGUGUUGGGGAACUGUCAGAACUGUUGAAGCUAAACAUCAAUGCAAACAGAUUCACAUCAGUUCCUGAACAAAUCAUGAACCUGUCCAACAUCAGGGAGCUCCACUUGUCAGAUAACAGGAUUUCCCGCCUUCCCCUGACUCUGAGCAAAUUGGCCCAACUUGUGGACUUGAACAUCAGAAGAAACCCCCUGACAUAUCCCCCUCCUGAUGUCUGUAAGAAAGGCACGGCCGCCAUCAUGGACUUCCUCAGAACAGAGCUGAGGGAAAAAGAAGGGAAAUUUUUGGGAAAACUGUUCUUCCGUUUCUCACAAAACGUGACACAAAGAGUUGAGGUGGAGGCUCUGGCCACAAUAGCUGGACUUACAGCAAAUGAGAGAACCAGUAUCCUGGGUAAAGACAAGACAAAUCCGAGUUACCAGGCCAACAAUGUGCUGUUGAAGUGGAUGGAGAAAGACCAUGAAGCGUCCAUGGACAAGCUUCAGCAGGAGCUGAGUGACAUCGGUAUGGACCAACUGGCACAGAAGGCAGGCCGGAUCAAGACAGAACGACUCAAGCGGCCGGCAGAUACAUCAGGCGGGCCACCAGCCAAGCGCCUGGCAGCCGGAGGGUCUUCUGGUGAGGGGCAUCAGGAGGAGCAGCAGACCAAGGAGAAGAUCAGACAGGCAAAACAGAAACUUGUACAGCUACAGCGUCACAGUGAGACACAGGCGGCCAUGUCAAGCCAGCAGCAGACCAAGGAGAAGAUCAGACAGGCAGAACAGAAACUUGUACAGAUGCAGCAUCACAGUGAGUUGCAGGAAACCAUGGUCCACAGUCUCCGUGCAGAGGUAACCAGGCUUAGGGACAAGGAGGAGCAGGCACAGAAGGUCCUGCUGGACCACAAGCUGGAAAUACAACAGCUACAGGAGGCUAACGUUGCCAUGGCAACACGGGUGGACGACCUUCUACAGGACAACGAGAAACUCAGAAGUCAGGUUGUGCUUCUUGGAGGAGAACAUGCUGAUGAACAGACAACGCAGGUGUUGGAACAGACCAUCCUGAUGUUCACAGAAACCGUCCUGGAGAAGUGCAGGCAGAGCAAACUGACUGUGGAGGAGAGCGAGCUGGCUACUGCAGCAGAAAGCCAUCUGCUGACGAAGCUGAGCUGCAGACUGGGUUCAGACUGGCGGCGGCUGGGAGCUGGCCUGGGGAUCCCACAGCCGCGACUGGACAGCAUACAGGCACAGUACAACAGCGCCAUCCAGCGGGCCUGCAAGGUACUGCAGGUCUGGAUGUGGGGAGGGCGCCACGGACUGCCUCACGACCUGAAGCAGCUGGAGACUGUCUUAAAGGACAUGGACAGGCCUGAUCUCUUAGAUGUUGUGAAGACUGCGUUCAAGGACUACAUAGUGGAGAUGCCGGAAGUGGAGGUUGAACCUGAUGCUUCUGUGGACGAGCAGGGAGUCACGACAUGGUCUGUGCAACUGCCUGGCCGGGGGAAGUUCCUGUGCAAACACACCGACCUGGGGGUCGUUACCCCCUGCCCUGUCCAGCUGACCUACAGGACAGUGAACCCGUCUGAACACUGGCCGGAGAGCGAGGACUGGGAGCUGAUUGGUCCGCUCGUCCACAUCCAGUGUAACCAUGGCGACGACGUACCUGUGGAGCUCCUCCUGCCGCACAUCCUGGACCUGUCACAGGACGGAAGUGCUCUAACCCCGGAUGACGUCAGAGCUGCGCAUGUUGUGGCAGGAAACACGACACUUCAUCCUGCAGACGUCACGCCCACACACUACAUCACCAGGCAUCGGAACGGAUGCUUCUGGUCUCCUGUGAUGCAGAGAAUUCGAGCCCUCAUCUGGCCUAGGAGGGGCCUGCUCACUCUCUUCAAAACGUCUCAGACACAUGACACGGUGGAGGUGAAGGCUCUCAUGGUCUCAGACACUAAGUACAGUGUCAAGGCAUUGCAGGAAUAUUUGUCGCAGCUUGACCCAAAGUUCUACUGGUGGGAUUCCAUCACCUGCCCAGGCCUCAGGGAUCACCAGAUUUACUGUCUGCAGGCUUCCGUGGAAAAUGCAACCCUGGAUCUUGCUGACCCAGAGCCUCCUAGCGGACUGGAGUAUGAAGACACCCUGGACAGCAACAGGAUCUACCCGUCGUUCCACCUGAAUAUCAAGAGACACCCGGAUAGUAGGUGGGUGCAGCUGAACCUGCAGCUGUAUCCAGAGACGGAGGACAGCAACGUUGUCUGCAGCUGUAAAAGGCGUUUAUAUGGUGGAGCUGAAGCUGGACCUAGCGACAGUGAAGAUGUCAGUAGACACUUCUUCUUCAUCAAAGAGAAGGUCAGCACUGACUGGAUAAACCUGGCUCACCUCCUGGGAUUCACCCGACCGGCCAUCGACGCGAUUCAGUACAAGCAAGCCAACCGUGAUGCCAAGGACUGUUGCAUGGACAUGUUGGAGCAGUGGCGGAAACGAAGAGGCAACGCUGCCGACUUUACAGGUACUUCUGGAAGCUCUGACUAAGACAGGGCUACAGGACACUGUGGAUCAGCUCAACACCAUGUAGAUAAUGUGAGUUACAAAAGUUAACCUUCGCCAGGCUUUACGUCUGAUCAGAGGAUUGGACAUACAAUGUACUAGAAGCUAGAUCUAAGGACUUAUAGAACCUAGUAAGCCAUUUUUACCAGAAUGAUGACUUUGGUGUAAAGUGCUUUCCCAAGGGCCCUGCAAUGGGCCUGUAUGCCCAAAGCUGUGUGCCCCCAUAUAGGCCUGAACAAUGUAUCAUUGGUUCAUAUGUGUAAUAUGGAAUAUUAACUCUUCACAUGCAAUAUUCAUUUCUAUUACAAUGAUGUGCUCAGGUAGGUAGGCAGGGAUACUGUAUGUAGGGCAGGUACAGUGUAGACAGGGAUAUGCUCAGUACUUUGAUUGUUGAUAUAUCAUACAGAAUGAUGUUUGUCAUGGAAAAUGUAAAUUUUAAAUCAACUUCAUCAUAUGUUUCCAGAAAGGUGACUUACCAAAGUAACCUUUGACAAACUGUCAAACACAAUGACAUCUAAUAUUUUGUUUGAUAGGGGCUAGAUGUGUGUA